GCUCCACUACUCCACAAACCCACAACCUCGUUUUCAUCGAACCGCCGUGUCGCUGCCGCUUUUCUUCGACCUCAUGGAGCACCUCAUUCCUCAUUUUCCGCUGGCAAAACUAGUCGUUCUAUCCCAACAACCAUAUUAGCCGCUAAGGCGGGUGCUGCGACGGAGCCGGUGACGCAAGUAGAGUCGAAGCCGGUGAGGAUAGUGGCCCUUGUUGGGAAAGGCAGCGUCAGCCCUUUAAAGGGUACGCCUUGGGAAGACGUCAUGCUUCAUACUGUGAAACGACUGAAAUGGGUUGAUGAAGAUUAUGAGAUGCUUGUGUUUACGGAUGAUAUCUGCCAAUCUAAUGAUCAAAAUGCGGUGAGUUUUCUGAUGGAAUUACAACGUGCGGAUAUAUUGGUGAUUGUUGCUGUUACGAAGCAGGAAUCUGUCAGGUGGAUUCGAACUAAUAGUGGGGAUGUUGAAAACAUAAUCUGUUUUGACUCAUCUCCCGAUUUGCAAAAUAAGUUGGGGGGAUCUUAUAUUUACAGUGAAGCCAAAGGAAGUAUAUUUGGCAAAUUUUUUGACACUAGCAGAUCAAAGGAAAGCAGUGAAUCAAUAGAAGUGGUACAGACCGUGUCACAGGCGUGGGAGCGGCAUAAUUCUGAUGAUAUAAGGUUUUGUUUGUUGAUUAUAAUCAAUGGUUAUAUAAGGCCGGUACCAAGUCUGCAGAACCUAAGAUCGAAGGGUCUUUCUACUCUGAGUUGCAUGGUGAAAAACUGUGGACCUCAGAUAUUAAACUGUCUUCUGGAUUCCAAUUGUAGGAAAGCUCUUCAAUGCUUGAAUGAAUGCAGUCCGGUAGAUCAAGUGUGUAACUACAGGUGCAUUGCUUCGUAUGAGAGUCCAGUUUUAGAAGCGUUUUCAUUGUGUGUGUUGCAGAAGCACAAUUGCCUUGGGUUGGAUGCAAAGAUCCCUGACAAACCUUAUGUGCCUCCCAUGCUUAAAUUUAGAGGAAAAGAGUUGUGCCACGAAACUGCUGAAGAUCUUUUUGUUGGUUGGUUGGGAAGUUUGGAUUGGAGUUGGCGUGUCGUGGCAGGGCAGAACCCAGCGUAUGAUCAAUUCCCUUGCCAGUACCAACUAUUUUACAGGGGCAAGGCAAAAGGUUCAUUUUGGUAUGAACCGGUUUUUCAGGUGGAAACACUGGAGGGGAAAAUGGUUUGGAGAAGGCGGAAGUAUCGUGUGAAAAGGAAUAAAGUCCCAGGAACAUUCCAAUUUAGUGUCUUGGACAAUGGGGUUGUUUCAAAUGAGUCCUGGACAAUUGUGGAUGUAGCUGAUGAUCUUAGUUGGGGUUUGUUUUACUACUGUGGUGCUGCACGAGUUGCUGGACAAUCUUAUACUGGCGCUGUUCUUGUUAGUCCAGAUGGAGCAUACCCAAAUGAUGUGCAUAGGAAUAGAUUAGUUUCCGCUUUGGAUAACUGUGGAAUAAAAGAGUGGGAGCUGUUUACAGUUAACAAUUCUUCCUGUGCAAAUCCACCGUUGGGGAUUCCUGAUGGUUCACGUUUGCAUUCUGUGAUAAAAGCUAAUGAUCAAAAAUCUAUUUCUGGUAUGGCAGAGGUAUGAACUUCAUGUAUCAAAUCCCAUUGGACGAGUCAUUGACUUGUUAAAGAUGCAUCCUCAAGGGACUAGGAAAACUAUGUUGGUGAGGUAUUUUGGUGUUCUUGCCUUUUGCACCAGGAAAAUAACUUGAUGAAAGAAGCUUAUUGAAGUCCCUGCUAGAUCAUAGCAUAUGCAUCACUAUUGAUUUUGAGCUGACUUGACACUUGCCAUAGAAAGUAAAAGGAGCUCAAUAGAUGCUUCAGUGUAAAACUACUGUAAAUCGAAAAUUAUUUGCAUGUAUGCUACUGGUACUUGGACUAGAUAGGAUCAGUUCAUGGAAAUGAAUAUAAAUG